AUGUCGGAUACACUCUCCGACGCGGAUAAGGUCAGUGGAUUGUUGUUCCCGAUGAACGAUCGUCUGGUUCCCCGCGAUUUGAAAACUGACACCGUCCAGAUUCGCAACAAGCGCCUAGCAAAGCUCUCCAACCCCAUCCAGACAUCGGGGGACGGAGGCUCCGAGUCAGCACAGAGUUCGGCCCAUACUUCUCCAGCACAGUCACCGUUGUCCGCACAGUCGCCCUUAAAUUUUCACAAUGCGCCGCCCUCGCAGCAGUCAGAAGGGAAACGGAUAAAGAUCACACCCGCUGCCUCGACACCAGAGCGACCACGAUCCGCGGCCCCAUCCGCCCCUCCAUCCGCCCCAAGUACUCCCCCGCCACAGAAGAUCGAGACGAUUGAGACCUUUGAAGAUCGGACGCUGAGCGCCGUAUUCAGACUGACUCUCAAGGAGGAAGGCCAGCGGGAUAUCCACGGCAAGCGCACAUACUUGCCCGGCUUGCGAAACGAACUCCAGAAUGAGGGCCAAGACCUGCGCAUCCAGGUGUCGGCCCUGGACCAGGCCUUGCUGGAAGCUGCGACGAUGGCCGAGAGACAACGACCCCUAGACUACUUGCUGCCGUGCUGGAAACGCAUCACCAAGCUGUCGAAAGGGCUGAGACGGACCGGGGAUGAUGACCCAAAGUAUCAGGUUUUGGUCGAGGCUCGGCGCCUGUGCAUGAGCUACUGUAUCUUUGCCAUCACAAUGCCUGAGAUGUUUGGGAGUGAAUGGUCUCCGGAGUCGUCGUUGGCAUCCUAUCUACUCGUGGACCCGGAGGACGACAGAGGAAUCGACUUCGAGUUCAUGCAUGAGGCUGUUCGUCGAUUUGACGAAGACGACACGAUAAAGCCCGCCUUCAUAUCUGCCGUUGAGCAGCUUAGUACGCAGCUUGCCACAAAGGACGUCAAUGAUGACUAUAAACCCUACGCUAUCGCUCUGCGAAAUCUGGUUCGUCAUGGAUCAAUUGCGGCUGCGAUCACAGAAUCAGAGUUCUUCAAUCAUUCAACGGAUCCUGCUCAGUUCGAGAAGGUCACUCUUCUGGGCCCUUGGUUCCGCCUGUCCCCCCUCCAGGCCAACGUUACCAUGUCCUAUUUCUCCAGCCCCAAAACCCGCGACCAGGGAUACAUCUCCAAUGCCCAGCGGUCACUCCGGAUGACACAGCAGUUGAUUAGCUCCGACCUUCUUGAUGUCGUGAACCACCUGAUUCGCGCCUCGAAAGAGGCUCGCGAUCGGGUAUUGGAUUGGUUUGCUGCGGCUAUGAACAUCAACCACAAACGACGCGCAAUGCAGGUCGACCCUGAACAAGUAUCAUCCGACGGCUUUAUGUUCAACAUCACAACCUGUCUUGAUCAGCUCUGCGAGCCGUUCAUGGAUGCGGCUUUCACUAAGAUUGACAGGAUUGAUGCGGAUUAUUUGCACCGGAACUCCCGAGUAGACAUGCGAGACGAGACCAAGAUUAAUGCCGACCAGCACGCUUCCGAUGCUUUCUACUCCAAGAAAGUGGAUGGAACCUCCAACUUUAUCACUGAAAUUUUCUUCCUGACCGUUGCCGCGCAUCACUAUGGCAGUGAAUCCUUGACGUCCAAACUGGAGCAACUUGAAAAAGAUGUGCGACAGAUGGAGUCUACAAUUACUAAAUUCGAACUUGAGCGGCACCGCUGGUUGAACAACCCUGUUCAACUACGGACUUUUGAUCAAGCACUCAAGAAGUACAAGGACAAGCUCGAUCUGGGGAUUGCCCUGAAGUACAGUCUUCAGGGUGUGUUGUUCGAUGACCAGUGGCAGGCACGCUCUAUGCUGUUCAUGCGAUACGUUACUGUCUGGCUGCUCAGAGUCGUAUCCGGCAAGAACUUCCCCAAGGAACAGGUCAAGCUGCCCCUCCCAGAGACUCAGCCAGAGGUGUUCAAGUGCCUACCUGAGUAUUUCUUGGACGACAUUGUCAGCAACUUCAAGUUCAUCAUGUGGUGCAUGCCACAAAUCAUUACUGCCACCCAGGGAGAUGAGCUGGUCAUGCUGUGCAUCACAUUCCUUGAGAGCUCUGCGUACAUUAAGAACCCCUACCUGAAGGCAGGCCUGGUAUCAAUCCUGUUCCGCGGCACCUGGAAACGCCCUGGAGGCGCCAGCGGCGUGCUAGUAGACCUGCUGAACUCGAUGCCAUUUGCCAACGAACAUCUCCUUCACUCAGUCAUGAAGUUCUACAUCGAGGCCGAGUUCACCGGAGCGCACACGCAGUUCUACGAUAAGUUCAACAUCCGUUAUGAGAUCUUCCAGAUCAUCAAGUGCAUCUGGCCCAAUACCCUCUAUCGCGAGAAGCUGUCCAACCAAGCAAACCAGAACUUGGACUUCUUCGUUCGAUUCGUCAACCUUCUGUUGAACGACGUGACAUACGUUCUUGACGAAUCUUUUGGUGCUUUCAAGACCAUUCACAGCACACAGACCGAGCUCAACACCCAAGGGCACACCAUGGACGCUGCCACCCGUCAGCAGCGUCAAGAGCACCUCGCAUCAGCGCAGCGAAACGCAAAGAGCUACAUGCAGCUGACCAACGAGACGGUGGCUAUGUUGAAGCUUUUCACUGAUGCGCUCGCCGACUCCUUUACCAUGCCUGAGAUUGUCCAGCGUCUCGCAGACAUGCUGGACUACAAUCUCGAUGCAAUGGUUGGAACCAAGAGUUCUAGCCUGCGCGUUGAAAACCUGCAGGAGUAUGGUUUCAACCCUCGUGCCCUUCUGAGUGAGAUCGUAGAUGUCUAUCUCAACCUGACGGGCAAAGAGAACUUUAUUCUGGCCGUUGCUCGCGACGGUCGAUCGUACAAACCGGCCAACUUCGAGAAAGCCGCGGAUAUCAUCCGGAAAUGGUCAUUGAAGUCCCCCGAGCAGCUCCGCCGCUGGGCUCACCUUCAGAAGAAGGUGGUGGCUGCUAAGGAGGCUGAUGACCAGGCGGAGGAAGACCUCGGCGAGAUUCCCGACGAGUUCCUUGGUAGGUUGCUCGACGAUCCCUAUUUCGGCCUUUUACUCACAACUAUAGAUCCCCUUAUGUAUACCCUGAUGGAAGAUCCCGUCAUUCUUCCCGGCUCACGGAUCUCGAUUGACCGCGCGACGAUUCGCUCACAUCUUCUGAGCGACCCUCACGACCCUUUCAACCGUGUUCCAUUAAAGAUGGAGGACGUUGUAGUUGAUACCGAUCUCAAAGCUAAGAUUGAGGCUUUCAAGACCGAGAAAUUGGCUGGCAAACGCAAGGAAAUGGUACACCAGCAGACCGAACAGAUGGACACAUCUACCUAA